AUGACGGGAGAGAUUAUAACAUUGCAAAUUGGGCAAUGCGGGAAUCAGAUAGGGAAGGAAUUCUGGUCUCAAUUGAUCAAAGAGCACGGUAUUGACAGAAAUGGGCAAAGCGUUAAAGAAGAACAAGCUGAUUCUGUAAGAGAAGAUGACACGAGUGUUUUUUUCAGAAAAGAUGGUCAAAACCGUUUUACGCCUAGGGCAUUUCUGUUUGAUUUAGAACCUAGUGCAAUUGGAGAUGUGCAAACUCAUUUUCCAGGUUUUUUUAAUGAAAGAAACAUUUGGGUUUCGAAAGACGAAUUAGGAGCAGGAAAUACGUGGUCCAAGGGAUAUGAUUAUGGGGUAGAGAGCCAAGAAGACUUUUUGAAUAUGAUUGACAAAGAAAUUGAUGCAACAGAAAAUUUCGAAGGUUUUCAACUCUUGCACUCCGUUGCAGGCGGAACAGGUUCCGGACUUGGUUCAAGCAUUUUGGAGGCUCUCUCGGAUAGAUACCACAAGAAAAUCGUGACAACAUAUUCCGUGUUCCCAAGCAACGAGUCUGAGGUGGUGAUACAACCCUAUAACACCAUUCUAACUCUGCGAAGGCUUAUCGAGAACUGCGACGCGUCAGUCGUAUUUGACAACAACGCAUUAAUGAAUCUCGCAAGCAGAGUCUUUAGGGAUCCCAACACAAGUUAUCAGCAAACAAACCAAUUGAUUGCGAGCGUUCAGUCGUCCGUCAGUAACAGUCUGAGAUUCCCAAGCUACAUGUAUAAUUCGCUAUCCAGCAUUUUUUCGACUAUCGUUCCAACGGCCGAUCUGCAUUUUCUAGUUCCAAGCUUCACUCCAUUUACUAGUGAUUUUAUUUCCGAGGCAAAAGAAUUCAAGCGAAAUACUGCUUACGAUGUCAUACUAGAUUUGUUUGACAAAACGAACACCAUGGUUACCAGAAGCAAUGAAACGCCGGUAUACUUAGGCAUUUUCGAUUCUCUCGUGGGCUCUGUUGACCAAAACGAUGUUACUAGAGCGAUUUUAAAAUCUCAACAAAGAGUUAAGUUCCCAGCUUGGUCCUCUACUGCUUUGCAUGUCAACUUUGGAAAAAAAUCUAUCUACAACGUUUCGCCGAACUCUGACUGUGUAAGCGGUAUGAUGUUGGCUAACACUUCUUCGGUAACAAUGCUUCUUCAAAAGGCAUGUAGUGGAUUUGAUGUGCUAUUCAAAAAGGGAGCCUUCUUGCACAUGUACCAAAACGGCAGAAUGUUCCAAAACGAUUGGGAAGAGUUUUUAGAGUCGAGAGAAACCAUCCAAUUUGUCAUCGAUGAGUACACAGCUGCAGAACAGGAAAAUUACCUGGAUGAGGUUCUCAUAGAUGAAGAGAACAUGGUUGGUGUUGAGGACGCCGUGGAUGUUAAUGGUGAUAAUAUAAUUUAG